AUGACGUACAAGCUUUGCCAGUGUCGAGUGAAUGCCAGCCAAUGGAGUCAUGCACAUAACCCGCUUAGACUCUGCUCGGGGCGAUACCCGAUCGCAGAGGCAGAGCCGCUUAAACGCGAUCGCGACGACAUUGACUUGCUUCAAGGAUCAUUGGAUGCCAAUGCAAAGAACAUGAGAGUGUGGUCUGCAUUCAAGUAUCCUGGUCGUAAGCUGUGGCCAUGGGCGCUGCGGUCAAGAACCCUUCAGACGAUGAACAGGCCACGCAACCGUCAGCCGCGCCCCCCAGGACAGACUCAGCGCCCGGGAGGCAGAUCGUCACACCUUGGUCGACGAGCUCCUGGGACGCCGCAACAGGCCGCGGGCACCGUCCCAACGUCAAGACAGGUCGUGGUCGGCGCUGCUGUCUUCAUCGUCCUCAAGGAAGACCAGCCGACAGGCCGAGAAACGCAGGGCAUUGUUCAGGACGUCCUCACCUCGGGGGACCAUCCCCGCGGCAUCAAAGUCAGGUUGCGCGGCGGCCAAGUCGGCAGAGUGCAAAGACUCGAUGACGGCUCUUCUCAGCCAUCAAACGGGGCGGCGUUGGCUUCCGGUGCCUCUUUCAACGCAAACUCAAAGUUCAACAGCCGGUACACGGACAUCAGGAAUGAUGCAGACUUCGACAACUAUCUACAAGGGCCGCCGCCGAGGAGUCUAGCAGACUUCAUGCCGUCUCUGGAGCCGCCUGCUACGACUGACGACCUUGACGAUGCUGGAGGGGCUCCCUUGGACGAAGGCACGGCUGUCUGUCCGAUUUGUGAGACAUUUACCGGGGACGAAGCUGCCGUUACCCAUCAUUUGGAACGAGAACACUUCAGUUGA